ACCUCAUUCAGGUGAUCAACACAGACCUCUCAGAAGCAAACAAUCCCCAAACAAUCUAUCAAAAUGUUCCGAUUGGUGGUGUUGUCCGUUGUUCUCGCUGUUGCCGCUGCUGCCCCCUCGGCGACGCACGUCGUCCACUCCAGCCCGCUGGCCUACUCGACCGUCGUGGCGGCCCCGACUCUGGUGGCGCAGAAGGAGAUCUCCUACCAGAAGAGCAUCGUGGAGGAACCGACCGUGGCGCACGUUGGAACCGUGCUCAAGCACGUCCCGACCGGCGUGACCCACACCAGCUCGGCCGUCGUUCACGAUACCAAGGUGCAGGAGCAUGUGUACGCCCCGACCGUGAAGAAGACCGUCGUGACGACUCCGGUGGAGAAGACGACCUACGUCCAGGCCGCCACUCCGGUCGUGUACGCCGCCCCGAAGGCCACCUACGUCGAGGCCGCUGCCCCGGUUGUCUAUGCUGCCCCGAAGGCCACCUAUGUUGAGGCCGCCGCCCCGGUCGUGUACGCCGCCCCGAAGGCCACCUACGUCCAGGCUGUCGCCCCGAAGGCUGCCUACACCUACGCCGAGGCUCCGGUCCUGUCGUAUGCCGCUCCUCUGGCCAAGACUGCCUACGUCAGCAGCUACCCGUCGGUGUACGCCGCCCCGGCCGUCUACGCCAACCAGUACCACUAAGUGUUCGACUGUCGCGCUUUUCCCGUUUUCCACGACUUUCCCCCCUCACCCGAUGGUACCGGCGGUAACCGCUGCUUUUCUUUUGUUCACUUUUGAUUGUUUCGGUGAAAGAUGAGAGAAGCAGUUGCUGCGAGAAGAAUAAAUG